AAAAAGCUUUGCGUUUUGUUGAAAUUGACAAAAUUGAAAAUUUUGCUUUAAAUAAAAAAAUUGAAAAAUACAUGUUUUUUUGCUAAAAAUUCUGACUGAUGAUCAGUGUAACUUUACUUGUUGACAUUAUGUCAAAGUCAAACUUUCAAAAAUUUGGAAAAAAUCGAAUGUCUUGGUGGUUUGAACCAAAAAAAAAAAAAAGAAAUUCUCUUUAAGCAGGAAAUCGACAAUUGUGUUUGAGAGUCCUAAAAAAGAAUUGUGAAUCCAGUUUUUCAAUUUUUUCCCCUUCAAAAUGAUGAUUUUAUUUUUCAAAUUUGUAUUUGAGUUGAUAAUAGGUAUGAACAUUGAACAUAGGGGUAGAGGACUGAGAAAAUUCAUAAACCCAGACUUCAAGAUGUUGGUCUUCAAUUAAUUUCUGUAAAAAAAAUGAAUAAUUGGGUCCAUAUUCACCGUUCUUGAAUUGUCUCCUUACUAGUACUGGAUUAGCUUCUUUCAAUUCCUGAUUAAAAUUUAAAAUCAAUACACUAAAUGAAUUUUAUCAUAUCCCUAUCAUUCGUUCAUGCUUGAAAUUAUUGAAUAAAGAGUCGCAGCUAAUUGUGUGAAAUUAAAUUGAAAUUUUCAUCGAGAUGAAUUUUCACCAUCAUUGAACAUAUCUACUGUGGAACCUGAAGAAUUGUCUGGCUAGAAUUUCAAUCAUUAGUUACAGUAUUCAUUUUGUACACGAUUAAAAUGUUUUCAAUAGAAAUUAUGAAGUACUAGUAGCAAAAAUCAUCUCCGAAAUUAUGUUGUAAUUUUGUCGAUUUUUUUCAUGUUAAAUUAGAUACUUAUUUUAAUUCUUGAUUUCUGACUCUAUCGUGAAAUAACGUUUUAGUAGAUAAAUUAUUUUUCGAUGAACAGAUUUACUAAAUUUAUCGAUGAGAAACUCGCAGAAGUACCAUUUUUUUGAUGUGUGUGUAGUGAUGUGAUGUACCAUUUCAGUUUUUGAGUGUAUCAAUGUAUCACUCAUAGACAAAAUUCUACGAUCAAUUCUUCAGGUUCCGUGGUUAUUUCUAUGUUCCAUUUUUCAAAUAGAAUGAUGCACAUGCCAGAUCAUGUCUUUAGAUUUAAAUACUGAUACAUUACGGGGGUAUACCUAUUUUCAUGAAAUAUGGUUAUGUUUCCGAUUUUGUAGGGGUAUCCGGUGGGUUUCAAAAGAUUACAAGUAUCGAAUGAAAGCAAUUUGCGAAGCAUUAUUUCAAGAUCGUAAACAAGAUGUUAUUUGCUUGCAAGAGAUUUGGAAUAUUAGCGAUUUUGAAUGGUUCCAGUUGGAAGCAACGAAUUGUAAAACGUUUCCUUAUUCUCAUUACUUCUACAGUGGCGUGAUGGGAUCCGGUGUUUGUAUAUUUUCAAAAUGGCCUAUCGAAGAAGUACUUUUUCAUAAAUGGCAAGUCAACGGUUACGUUCACAAAGUUUUCCACGCAGAUUGGUACGGUGGUAAAGGUAUCGGUCUUUGUAGAUUAAAUGUCAGAGGAAGACGAGUCAAUAUUUACACAUGCCACACGCAUGCCGAAUACAGUGACGAUGCCGAGUAUUUGGCUCAUCGACUAGUCCAAGCUUUUGAUAUUGCACAAUUCAUCAGAGUUACCUCGCAGAAUGUCGAUUUAGCAGUUUUAGCCGCAGAUCUUAAUACAGAACCAGACGAAUUAUGUUUUAAAAUCAUUACCGACUAUGCUGACUUGAAUGAUUCGUUUAAGCUAGAUCGCGUGAAGUUUUUGGGAACGUAUGGAAGUUCCGGAAAUAGUUACAGUGAUCCUAAAACGGUGAAGAAAAACCCUCAAGGACAACGUAUCGAUUAUAUUUUGUACAAAGCUGGUCCCAAUGCUAACGUCGAAUGUUGGGAUUAUUGUAAUCCACUGCAACAAACGAUUCCAUUAUGCUCCUAUAGUUAUUCUGAUCACGAUGCCAUAUCAGCCAUGUUCAAAAUUAGUGAUAAAUUUUUCUUAGACGAUAAUCACGGUCAUUUUGAACAGCCUUCAAAAAGCUACAAAGAAUCGCUCGAAGAAGCAUAUCUAGUUUGUGAUAAAGCUGCCGAAGAAUUAUCCAAUCAUAUGAAAUGGUGCUUUCGAAUUUGCAUUAUGUGUAUAGUCAUUUUUAUUGUUUCGCUCAUCAGUUUUUGUUUCGUUAACGAUAGAAUUUUACCAUUAGUUUCUUUAGGGUGUUCAUUUUUCAUAUGUUUAUGUUCGUUAUUCACAUUAGUUUGGAAACAAAUGGAGCGUAGAGGUAUACUUUGCGCUGCUCAUGGAAUGAAACUUUCUAUCAGAGGCGAGAACGAUAAUUGUGAGAAAAAAGUUGAUUAGGAUUUUUAACGUAAUUGUGAUUAUUUGGCUGAUUAAUUUUGUGAAUUAGUUUUAUUAGAAUGACUGGUAGUGAGAUGGUCCAUCUGCUAUCUAUUCGGUGUUUUAUUUUUCAAAAAAGUUGUUAUUGAAUUAAUCAUUGUACGUGCAAUGUGCAUGUUUACCCUUGAAUUUCGAUAUCAAUUUUAUAGUUAUUUAUUUAUCUAAAAUCAAAAUUGACACUGUUCCUAUUCAAUUUAUUAUUUCAUCAGUGCAAUUAAGCAUAGCAUUUUGAUUUAAAUAUACGUUGGUGAGUAUAGCGAGCACCACUAGUCUGUCAAUUUACUUUCAAUUAGACAUUUCAUUACGUAUUACCUACCUAUACUAUAAAUUUAAUUUUUUGAAUGAGAUUUAUGUGAGAUUAUCAACUUUUAAACCCCCCCCCCCCCCAG